ACAAGGCAGAGCGAGCUGAUAAACUGGGAUAGGCUCCAGGCUCUGGAAGAGUGGCAGUGGAAAACAUCCACCACCUUAAAGCAAGUCAAUGGCCAGAGGACGUAUGGCGGUCCUCCUCCAUACUGGACAGGUCCUGUUCCCGGUCCUGGCUGUGAGGUGUACAUCGGUCAGAUUCCACGGGACAUCUUUGAGGACCGCCUGAUCCCGAUCUUCCAGAGCGUUGCGCUGCUGUAUGAGUUUCGCCUCAUGAUGAACUUCAGUGGGCAGAACCGCGGCUUCGCCUUUGCCAAAUACAAAGACCCUGCCACCGCAGUGCGCGUCAUCCGGGCCCUGAACCAUUACCCGCUGCAGGAGGGUGUGCAGCUGGUGGUCAGGAGGAGCACAGAGAAAAGGCAGCUAUGCCUGAGACAUCUGCCCUCAGGUAUGGGUCACAAGGAGGUGCUCAGGGUCCUCCGGCAGCUCUUGGACGGGGUCGAGGGCGUCACUUUGAAGGCUUGUGGGCCCAUGGGAAAUGACAUCUUUGCGCUGGUGGACUUCUCGUCUCACUACGCCGCCUCCAUGGCUAAGAAGCUACUGACGCAAGAGGGCGAUCAGCACUUUGGCGCUUCCUUCUUUGUCUUGUGGAGCCCCAAGUCCAGAGAACAGGAAAGAAGGAUCAUCGCAGACGGCCUGAAACAAGGCCCUCUUCCUCCUCCUCCUCCUCCCCUUCGCACCCAGGGAUUCUCCUGGGCUGUAGGAGCCCCGGCCCCCAAUGUGAAGAAUGGGAUGGCACCCAAGAUGAUCAGAAGGCUCAGGUGGACGCCCCAUGGUGCAGCAGACCUUUUCCAGUGGCUUUGUGAGGUGCAUGGCCUUGGUGUCCCAAUGUAUGAAAUGCAUUGCCACCACACAAGCCGAGACGGCUUCCUUCACUUCAGAUACAGCAUCAUUAUUCCUCAACUGCCCGUCCCACUCUCCGGUGCUGUCCAGAUUCUGCCGAGCCUCCGCGUCAGCACCCUGAAGAAGGAGGUCCACGAGGCUGUUGCGAGGCAGGGCCUCGCCACCCUGUGCUGGUGGUGUCCGGAUAUCUUCCUGUCAUACCUUUAA